GAUGCUUCCGCUACCUGCUGGGGGUUCGCAUCCGCGGUCAGAUAAUUUUUCUCAGAAAGGAUGGAGUUGGGAAAAGGAAAACUUCUCAGGACGGGACAGAAUGCAUUGUAUCAAGCAAUACACCCACUUCAUGGCCUGGCCUGGACCGAUGGGAAUCAGGUUGUCCUGACUGAUGUGCAGUUUCACAGUGGAGAGGCCAAGUUUGGGAACUCCAAGGUCAUUGGACAAUUUGAGCAUGUCUCCGGGCUGUCCUGGGCCCCACCUGGUACUGCAGACAUGCCCAUUCUGCUCGCUGUCCAACACAAGAAGCAUGUCACUGUGUGGCAGCUGUGUUCUAGCACUACAGAGACAAGCCAGUGGCUGAUGGCUCAGACCUGUGAAAUUAGAGAAUCACUCCCUGUCCUUCCCCAGGGCUGUGUAUGGCACCCAGAAAGUGCUGUUCUGACGGUGUUGACAGCACGGGAAGUCUCCGUUUUCCAUAAUAUUCACCGUGACAGUUCCCAGGUAAGAGUGGACGUCAACACCCAGGGCCGUAUCCAUUGUGCAUGUUGGACCCAGGACGGCCAGAGGCUGGUGGUGGCAGUAGGCAGCAGCCUGCAUUCUUUUAUUUGGAACAGUGUUCAGAAAACUCUUCAGAGGUGCUCCUUCUGCCCAGUGUUCGAUGUGGACAGCUACAUCCGCUCCAUCAGAGCCACUGUGGGCUCACAGGUUGCUAUAGCCACUGAACUUCCACUCGAUAAGAUUUGUGGCUUAAAUGCAUCUGAAACCUUUGACGUUCCACCUAGUGGUGAAGACACUUGUCUAUGUACUUUACCAGUUAUUGGCGAAGUGCCUGCUCUCGAUAAGGGGGUAGUUGCUUCUGAAACAAAUUCUGGUUUAUCAGUUUCUCCUUCCUUUUCUUCUUCCUCUUUAGAUCCUCUGGAUCUAACUCAUAUACGUGUCAAUAGGUCUAGAUCUGAGGAUAGUCCUCUUAUUUGUCUAAGACAAAAGGACUACUUGACAGGAACUGGUCAGGACUCUUCACACUUGGUCCUUGUGACCUUUGAGAGAGAGGUUACCAUGACCAGAAAAGUGAACAUUCCAGGCCUUCUGGUUCCUGAUCUCAUGGCAUUUAAUCUUAAAGCACAGGUAGUGGCAGUGGCUUCCAAUGCCUGUAACAUAAUUUUGAUCUAUUCGGUCAUUCCAUCUUCUAUGCCAAACAUCCAGCAAAUUCAUUUAGAGAGUGGUGAAAAGCCAAAAGGCAUAUGUUUCUUGACAGAUAAACUGUUACUAAUUUUGGUAGGAAAGCAGAAAUCUACUGAUAGGACCUUUCUCCCUUCUUCAGAGUGUGACGGGUAUAUCAUCCGCUUGAUUGUUAGGGAAGUAAUGUUGGAAGAAGACUCUUCGGUGACAUCAAGUGAAAGCCACAGUGGCUACUCAACCUUCAGUGCCCUGUUAAAUAAAGCAAAUAGGAAAAAGAGAACUGAAAGUCUUUCUCCAAACUUUUGUCACCAAAACAGAGGGCUCUUAUUAACAGCUAGUACCAGUAGUCAAAGUGGAAGUCCUGGGCGAACCCUUAUUAAAGAAAUACAAAGCCCUCCAUCCAGUAUCUGUGAUGGCCCCCUCCCCCUGCAGACUCCAACUACCAAACCUGUUACCUGGUCAGAAAUACCGCCCAGACCGAGCAGCACACCAGACCACACCAGCACACCACAGCCUCCUAAUCCGCCUCAAAGAAAGAAUUUACAAAGUGAAACGGAGAUUUACCAGAUAUCUAAGGAGCUGGAAACUUUAUCUAGGAAUGUGGCUGAAAUGCAACGAUGUCUUUCUGAACUCAAGGUCCUUCUACACAAUGGGAAGAAAUCCUUUCCAGUAUAUUCACUCUCUCAGGAUCCCCCUUAUGUUCACGUCACUUACCAGUUGAAGAGACCUUAUGUAGUUCCUGUUGUUGAAAAAAGAGUUAUGCUUCUAUGUGAUGGCAAACUAAGGCUCAGUACAGUUCAGCAGACGUUUGGCCUCUCUCUUAUUGAAAUGCUGCAUGACUCCCUCUGGAUCCUCCUCUCUGCUGACAGUGAAGGUUUCAUCCCGUUGACUUUCACAGCCACACAGGAAAUAAUCAUAAGAGAUGGCAGCCGGGCCAGGUCAGAUGGAUUCACAGACUCUUCUUCUUCUUCUCAGAGUCUGGAUCCUGGCCAUUCUCUUGAAGUCUUUAGAGACCCUGCCGUCCAAAUUUUAGAUCCUGCUCAGUGGUUCUAACCAUUGUGGCAGGUGUUUGUCUGCAGAAUAUUUGCUGUGUAGCCUCUCAGAAAAGACCAUUGAAAACAAGGUCUGUUUUGCACUGUGGACUCUCUCUCACCAGCUGGGGUUCUCACUGUCAUGCAGAGGUGAAGUGCUUGCCAUGGCUGGAUCUUCUAGUUGUCUCCAGAGCUGAUGCUCCCUGUUCAGUAGCAGCAGAGCUCAGUCUGGUUUGGGGACUUAGAAAGUAGUUUGUUUGUUUGUUUUUUGUAUUCUUGACUUUUGUGGUCUUGUCUAACGGCAGAAUUCCAAGAAUGAAGCAAUAUUAUGGAUUGUGUUUUAUCGUUACCCUAAGGCUUUGUGUCCUUGCCAAAAGCUGUGUUAAAACUGUUUUAGGCCCGCUCACAGAAGUAACGACAGCUCAGCAUUGUUAUACGUUGUCUUGGUUUAAAGAUCUGGGGAAGGAGUUCUGGAGAGCGUACAUGCUCCAGGAUAUCCUUCUUUCCCCCCAAACCAGCAAAAAGCAGCAGAACUCAGAGAAGACAAAAAACUGGUUGUUGACUUCUGUUCCUAGGGCUGCUUGAAACUGGGCAUAGUUCUGGUGUUGGCUGGGUCUCUCAGGAUUGAAACCAAACCCUCUUGCUUCAAUAUGCAACUCCAGCUGACAAAAGACCAGAUAUUCCUAAAAAUUGGGCCUGGGUUUCUUUCACUCACUUUGUGAGUCCGUUAGGUAGUCUGUCAAGUACUUUGAACCCCUGGACUGAUGCUACCAGUCCAAUGCCAAGCACGGACGAGGCCUAAGGUUUGAUUUUGUGCUGUUGUCACUCAUAAUUUUCUCCCUGAAAUGUUUUCAGUUUGGGGAUCAUAAAAAUUUCAUCUUUUCCUCCCAAUAGUCAGCUCCCUUAGUUAAAUUACUUGUCACUUCAACUUUGAUAUUUUUCUUUUCCCUUCAUUCAGGGUCUUAGAAACCAGCAUAAGGUCUGUGAGAGAAAGUAUUUCGGAAAGUUGGAAAUGUCACCUAAUCAGAGAUAGUUCUAGUAAGUCCUGGUUUAUUAUACUUAACAGCCAAAAUGCCAGCUUAGGAUAGUGGAAGGAGCCCUGAUUCCCUUCAGACAGACAUCAUUUCCCAGUGCCUUCAGACAGAAACAUAGAUUUCAAGUACUGCCACGUAAUAAAUUGAUCAGUGUGUGGCUUGUUAGAGCAAAUCUGCAGAUAAAUUAUUUCAGUCAUUGAUACUCCAUUAGCACAUACACAUGCAUCUUUUUCUCUUUUCCUUUAGAAUUAUGUGGAAAGAUAUUUUGUACCCUUGGGGACUCCUGUCUGUCACAGUUUAUGAGGAUGGAGCAGGGACAGGAAAGAAGCAAAGGCCCAUUUUGUGGUUCAAAUGCAUUAGACAGCUGCUGGGAUAAUGGAGGUGGAGUCCACUUGUCUGUACUCAGCUGCCUUGGGGAGGUAGCUGGGGGUAGUCUGAGGCCUAACUCCAUUUGGGAAGGAAGCGUGUGGGUACAAUGAAAGCACGACUACUGUGAUGCCUAAGGAAGGGGUGUGGGGGGACCCUUGAGCAGGAUGGAUGUGGGUGCCUCAAGUGUAUGUUAUAAUCAUCAUUUCUCUGGUCAAAAGACUGUGGAUGAGUCGUCAAUAAAAUCACUAAUAGCUGUUGUGGCUGGUUCA